GAUUGACGUUUCUUUUUUUUUGACAAACGAAAAUGAAUUUUAACGAAUAAAACUGUUGAAUUUUGUCGAAAUCAAAUCAUAAAUUAGAACUGGUUUUUAACUGAAACUUUUACAAGAACAUUUAUAAAAUGAAUACAUCCAAUCAAGGGUCGAGUUUUAGCCGAGGGAACAAUACUCAAGCUGAUAGCAAUACGAAAACAUUUGUUCUACCGGAUAAAUGUUUCGAACAACGCGCAGCAUGUGUUUUUAGAAGUGGGAACAAAUUUUCUAUAUAUCCUCGCAGUCAAACAGUCAGCAAAGCACCAGUAUCGAUAGAUAAUAAAAUAUUAGAUGUACGCCAAGAUAUUUUGUUAUUCAUUCCAAUUUUGCGCAAACUAGUCAAUGAAUCAAACGGUACUUACAUAUCUCUUCAAAAAGCGGCCGAAGCUGCCAAAACCACGGAUAAUCAAGUGGAGUUCUUGAAACUUUCGCGCCAGUACCGAUCUAUUAUUCGAGUUUGUAUUGAGAGCUUGCAAGAAUCGGCAGCGAUGGAGCAAGACGGUGUUAAAAAGUGCAACUUAUUGUCCUACAUCACAAUUUUUUACUCUGUAGAAUGUAUUUGGCACCUGUGUGAGAUUUUGUACAUUGAUAACAUUCCUGGGGAUGUUGUGUUGCCUUUUCUGCUAGAAUGGGUGAGAUUUCACUUCCCUUGCCAUGAACAGACAGCAGCCCAGAUGCUGGAGGCAUGUGAACGUGGCUCGGAGGACCACCCUGAGUAUUGGGACACAGUGAUAGGAAUGAUAGUGCAAGGGAGAGUAGAUGUAGCAAGAGCUUUAAUGAAAUUACAUUCUUCAGUGGACUCCAAUGAAUUUAAACUAGUAGAUAACUCAUUGAGGAGCAUGCCCGUUUAUAGUGUGUAUGGUGGAAUAUCAACAGGGGAGUUCACAAUAUCUUGGAAACACUGGCAGGCAGAAUGCCGUUCCAAGAUUACCAGUCGAGUUUUAACUUCUCAGCCUAAGCUAGAACUCAUUAUGAAAUUGAUAAUAGGCGAUUACGCGGCAUUCGAGUCCAUCCGGGGUUCAUACUCGUCCUGGUUCGACCUGCUGGGUGGUUGGGUGAUGUUUACUGCCCCUUGGACGCGUCGGCACGAGCUGGGAGCGCCGGCGGCCGCGUGCGCUGGCAUGGCGACUCCCACGCACGCGCCUAGGACUCACCUGGAUCAGAUGGUGCGAGCACUACUGGACGGGGAUUUGCAUCAGGUGAUUCAUGAAAUACAGCAAAUAUCAGAUAACGGUUGGUUUGCCACCCACCUCACCGAUAUACUGUUCCACUGUGGAAAAUUGAAGAUAUUAGACAAACAUCAAAACAAUGUCACCGCCCGUCUUCGAGACAGUCUGAUCCUGGAAUACGGGUGUCUUCUAAUGGAACACAAGUCCCUCUGGUCUGCGGGCCUGUCUUACCUGGGCUCGUGCCCUCCAGAAGGGCUGAGGAGGGCGGAGUUGGCUUUAGAACGGAUGCCCAUUGAGACUGAAGCUAAAGCGAUGAGGGUCAUCGCUGAGGCCAAGAAGUAUGGCCUGAAUGGUGUCGUGCGAACGGUGUGCGCAUGCGCGAGCUCGAGGUUACUGCGCGCCGGGAGGAUAGGAGGCGCCCUCACCUGGGGCACGCGCGGGAAACACGGCGCCGCAUGCGGCCGCGCCGCGCACGCGGCACUGCGGCAAUAUGCCGCGCGCGGGGAGCUGCCCGCGCAGGACGCGCUGCUCACCGCCACGCCGGCCAUGUUGCCGCACCACCCGCUGCUGCUGGCCGUUAAAUACAGCGACUUCCACAGACUGUACAAGAGUAGAGAAUUCAAGAAAGCUGGCAAAUUGCUUGUUUCAUUGAUAACCUCCAAAUUGGCUCCAGAUUACUUUUGGGAGACGCUUCUACUGGACACACUUCCCUUACUGGAGUCGGAUGAACUCAUCUUCUCCUCCGAAGACACGAUUGAGAUCAUGCUGUGUCUGGAGUUGAAGUCUUCCAACCUUUCUGCGGAGAAAGCAGAUCUCCUCCGGCUAGCUGCUGUUCGGAAUCUAGCCAGGGCUUCGUUAGCGGACGAAGAUAACAGUAACUCUGAAUAAUAACAUUAAAUGCAAUGUGACGGUUUAAAUGCAAUGUCUGUUGUUUAGUUUCCAUGCAUUGCCCGUUGGAUAGUUUAGCUGGUAGCGUUGUAUUUAGUUCUUUUUUGUACUACUGCAUACAGAACGGUUACCUAACAAGGGACUGUUUAAAUACAAUGUCCGUUGUUUAGUUUCCAUGCAUUGUCCAUUGGAUAGUUUAGCUGGUAGAAUUGUAUUUAGUUCUUUUUUGUACUACUGCAUACAGAACGGUUUAAUGGUGGAACCGGGUAAAAUCACAAUAUGUUUCCUUAAUUUGGAUUGUAUUCUAACAAGCCUUUUUCAAUGAAUGGGAAUGUAACCUCAGGCAAUGCAUGCAAAUUUUAUUGAUUAACUAGAACAAUGAAGUAACUAACAAUGGAUUGGAAUAGAAAUACAUUCGGAACAAAAUGUCAGUGCUAAACUGCGAAUACAAUAUAAAUAUUUGAGAACUUCUAAGUGAAACUUUAAAUGAUUUCAUCAUGAACAAUUAAUAGGGUAUUUGACAGUAUUAAAAAUAAAGUACCAAUUGUUAGCAUCUGUGUUUA